UGCAGGGGUAGGGUGUUGCCUGGUGUCUCCGCUGAACACCUCUCUAUACCCUCGUUACCCUACUAACAUAUCCUUGCUGAACUGAUAUCAUUAGUGUUCUGUGCAGUUUUGUGAGACGUCUUGUGUCAGUGAUAAGACAAAGAAAUAUUAUCCAGGAGCAAAUUACAGCAUGUUAAACGAGAUUUAUAAGUGAAAGAUUAAUUGGAAAUUGAUGAAGGGGUUUAAUUGAUGAUUGAGAGUAGUGGUUAGUGGAUAGAUUAGGUCUAUCCACUCCUGGGAAAACGCUUCUAACAUCUCAGGAGAGGCGUGUGGAGCAGUGUAGCGGAGGUGUGUAGAAGGCGCCCAUGCCCCCCUUGAAGGUGGUGAGCCAUGGUGGCCCACCUGAGUGUGGUACACACCACACCCCCACCUCCUCCCUCACACAUGUGUGAUCUCACAGCACCCGUAAGACCACGUGUGUGACUCAGGCCCUGCUAGGGGGACACAUGUGCAGUCAGGUGUUAGUAUGUUACAUAUAUGUGGGGAAAUAUCACCCAUUGGGAUAUGUGGAUUGGCACGACCUCCAGUCGCUAAUAUUUACAUUAGUUUACCCGAGAUCCGCCAUGUCUCGUGGCCUCCACAGGGACAGGAAGCCUGCGCCUUGUCUAAGCUCCCAACACAAGAUGUAACCAUCAUCAAGGCGUAAGAAAUACCUGUUAUUAUAAGUGUGAUUAAAUAUAUUCAAAUGAGUUAGCCCAGUGUAAAGAAAAUGAAUUAUCAACUGAAAAGGAACGCAUGAGAGAAAGUUGAAAAGAAAACGGAGUUAGGCUGAAGAGACGAGAGUCGAGGGGCAACUGAAGUAAAGUGAGACUCGAGGACCGGAGGAUGUGCGCCGUCGACCAAAUUAUUCCUCACCCUGUCACUAUUACACUACCACCUUCAGUGUUGGUGUUGGAGCAGGUGUGUUGGAGGAACCCUCUGAUGGCGUCUCUUCCGGCCCCUACCAGGUGCUUGCCUGGCGACGAGGACCUCGCCGAGGACGCCAGCGGGGCCUGUGUCCUCGCCCAGAGGCACCAACCGCAGGCCCGUCUUGCCUACGCCACCAGAGAAGGAGGCCUUGGUGAAGGAACUCGGCCAUGGGGAGGGGACGCCACGGAGACAGGUCAUGAGAGAGAGGACUGGCAGAUGGGAGAUGAAGGGCAAGGUGGAGGGGGUAUUGUGGAGGCUUCAGGUACAUUGGUAGUGAGUAGAGCUGACACCCCGCUGACCCCCGGGGCUGACAACCCGCUGACCUCCGGGGCUGACAACCUGCUGACCCCCGGGGCUGACAACCCGCUGACCCCCGGGGCUGAUAACCUGCUGACCCCCGGGGCUGACAACCCGCUGACCCCCGGGGCUGAUAACCUGCUGACCCCCGGGGCUGAUAACCCGCUGACCCCCGGGGCUGACAACCCGCUGACCCCCGGGGCUGACAACCCGUUGACCCCCGGGGCUGACAACCCGCUGACCCCCGGGGCUGACAACCCGCUGACCCCCGGGGCUGACAACCCGCUGACCCCCGGGGCUGACAACCCGCUGACCCCCGGGGCUGACAACCCGCUGACCCCCGGGGCUGACACCCCGCUGACCCCCGGGGCUGACAACCUGCUGACCCUCGGGGCUGACAACCUGCUGACCCCCGGGGCUGACCACCGUCCAGGUGCUGGGGCUUGCGGACCUGCUGUGGAGACCUUGCGGGAAGAAGGGCCACAAGACGAGAGCUCUCCCAGCAGUACCCACAGGCACACACACCACCACCACCUGACGACUGUUGACGUCCCAAGCAUAUAUUGCCUCCAUACACAACACGACAGAUCUCAAAAGCCAAAACAAAGUGGUGCUGCCUUAGAGUUAUCACUUAUUUCGUACAGUGGCAUUUUCCCAGGCGAAGUGACCCAGGUGGCAGACUACACGUCUGGUUCCUGUGGGGACAAUGAGCUGACGCACCACGACUCUCUCUCCGCUACUUGCACACCCAACACUAGCACACAGCAGGAUUGUAACAAUAAUCUCCAAAAAUCUAAGGACUCGCUUCAUUCUGAAGAGCCUCUUCUAGACCUUGCAGUAGUUAAUGAAACUGUACACGCGUCCGAGCUGCCUACCGAGAGGCAAGACAUGGUCUUGGACCACACACUGUGGAGAUCAGCGAGGCACAAGUGGCUUCAGCGACGCCACGUGCUGACAAAGGCUGUAGCUGAAACAUUCUCACAGAUCAAAUCGUUUUAUAAAGGGUAUAAAUAUACAAGGAGGAGAGGUAAAAUUAAGUGGAGUAACUCCCCCAUAUGUGGAGAGGACAUGAAGCGCAUGGGGGAAGCUAGGAUAGUGCAGUGUAAUAAUGAACAGGAAGUGUCAGACAGGCAAGCCAGGGACGGUGGCAUGAGGAGCGGGAAGCAGCGAGGAGACCAAAGCCCAGCCAGUAAGGGAACCCACUGGUGGCAGACCAGAGGCAGGAACAAUGAGAACGUUCGUGACAACGGAGGAGGUAGAGGUCAGCAUAGUGACACCGUCCGCAAGUCUGGCACUCACACUUCUACCAUCAGCAGCUUCCAGAGAAGUAUUGAUAUGGAGGCCAACGGCCGGAGGAAAAAAACAAAAACUCUGAUGCACAGUAUGCGACGAAGUGUGAGCAUCGAGCACGACAGGAGCGAUGACGUAUACCUCAAGACGAUCAAGUAUAGAGACAAGUCUCAGGACCGGAGAGCCAUGAUGUAUGUCUCCAGCAGCAGCGAGGACCCACCUACAGGUUUACAGACAACUCUGAGAGCCAGACCCCAGAAGCCUUGGGAGAGGAAGAGGCCAAGCCCAACGAGACGGGCUGAGUCAGCCUCCAGACGAGCGGCCAACGACCAGAGCAGAGCCCGACGGCGACAGGCUAAGAAGACAGAGCAGUCGUCCAGCAGUCCGUCGUCGAGCUCGUCUCGCUCUGGGUCGGUCGGCAGGAGCAAGGCUGUACAGGGACCUAGACCAGCAUCACCUGCUACAGCUAAGAACACAUGCCAGGUAUCAACAGAUAUGGUCCAUGUUGACGAGUCCAUACCACUGGAAGGUAACAGUAAAGAUAACACCAAAGAGUUUUUGGAAAGGCUAGAUAGCGUCCUCUCUGAUUUAGUUGAAAAUGAAAAGAAGAAAAUCAGUAAAUAUGGUCAUUCAAGCGUUAAGAGCGAUGAAGCAGAAAGUGGGCUGGUAACUCUCCAGCCACGAAAGAAGCGCCACAAGAAGAGAGAUGAGAGUAAAGAGAGAGUCAAAAAGGUGUCAGACAAUAACGACGUCACCAGUCCAUCUCUACAGCAGCUGCGAGAAACACUGAAGGCCGUCAGAGUGAGGAAGCGAGCUCCGGCCUCCGCUGACUUGCUGGACAAACAUUCACAAAGGUUUACGGAGCGUCAGCCACACAACCCACGCAUCCUCAAGUCUGAGCACGCCUCUCAGCUCGUUAACCAGAGGUGCUACCAACCACCCAGACGGAGGCCACCACGCCCUCGCCCACACCCCACCGAUUUCCCUUCGGAUUUUUACUCUUCCGACGAAGACCAUCAGGAACAAAGGCGUCGGGGCUCUACAGAACCAACGUCCGUAGAGGAGACCGAACCUGAAGCACCGGAUGAAGUCCAGUGCAAGAAUGGGGACGUAGAGGAUGAUGAUACCUGCUACGGUAGCGACUACCAGGCCUCCCAGGCGCAACACCCCCGCCCCUCUGCGCACGACCACACGCCACAACGCCCGCUCGACUCCGGCGACUUCAGCGUGGACAGUGCCUACACUGGCAGCCGUGGCGCUACUCCUGAGAGCAUUCUUAACCCCGGGGUUAAACCCCGGCGUCAGGGCAGCAACCUCACCUCACCGCUCGUGACCGCCAAGCCCCGCCAGCCUCGGUCAGCUCGCCGCCUGCCACCAGUGGAGCCGCUACAGCAACUCAAGCGGACCAUUUUGAAAGAAAUCCGGGAGUCUAAAUUAUACAGUGACGAGAGCAUCAACUCCCUGCUGGAACAGUACCGCCGCAAAUGCAGUCACUUUAGUCCAGCCGACCUGGACAUAAUAACCCGAAGUGUCCAGGACGACCUGGGGGUCAAGCCUCGACCAGCACAGUUCCUCUACCAGAUACUGGUCGGUGGCGACGACGACCACACGCAGCCGGUCGCCGCCGACAAGAGCCUGGGCGACGCCGAGGACACGUCACUCCUGACCUUAAAAUCAACCGGGAAGAUAUACGGCUACGGGCGGCGGCGGCGACGGGAGACAGGCGUCCCAGGACGCCCUCACAGCUCCACUUCCCGCUACACCCAACACAUGACCAACAAGACUAUUACUACCCACCGUCCGCGCAGGAGUCAGGAAGAAACGGAGGACGAGGCGUGGGCGCGGGCGGCAGUGGGCGUGGUGGCCCCGGAACUAGUGACGCAGGCCAGGGAGGAGGCACAGCAGAGGCAAGACGCAGACCCUGAGACUGACUGGUCGCACUACGUCGCACAACUUUGUCAACAAUUCGAGAUCAAAAUGUGAAUCAAAAUUCAUCUGGAAAGUUGUCCUUAUUGGGACUGUUGUUAAUAUUUAUGUAGCUUCGUAGCCCCUUAACCUCAGACCCCAGCCGUGAUAACUUCCAUUAGUCCUGCCCCCUGUACCCCCUACUCCUUAGACCUGCCCCCUGUACCCCCUACUCCUUAGACCUGCCCCCUGUACC